GCACGAUUUAUAAGUGUUUGUCUUUGACAAAUGUCAUAAUUCACAAUAAUGUUAAUGUAAUUUUGAUUGUAUCGCAUUUUUGUUGUAAUCUUUCCGUGUAAUUCAAACUAAAUUAUCAGUAAAAAAAUAUUAAUAAGAAUAAAGUAAAAAUUAAGUGUUCUGUGAAGUGUCCCAAUGUCAUCCACUCUAAUAUUUGUCGGGCUGCGUGAAGAUUCUAGAAGCUCUAUAACUAAGACCCCUUCACACUCGGAAUCUCAAAGCACUGGUGAAUUAAGUUUCGUCGACAAGGACUCAAUCUUCAUCACGAGCCUGGAUUACAACGAGCGCAGCAGGGUGCCAAACGCGCCCAAGAGCUGCAUUGCUGAGAUCUUCAACGCGGAUCAGACUGACGGCAGCCCAGUGAAGAAUGGUGCCGCCAGACCCCGCGUAGUACGCGACACGCCGACACGCCCCCGCGAUACGCACUCUAGGCUCUUCGGACAGGUGCGUCAAACACAAGCUGUGAACAACCCGGUCUCGCCGAUGGUGACUGAUACAAUUCGCAGCCACAUUCAAUUCGGCGACUCGGACAUGAACGGCUCAAGCCCCACGCACUCGCCGUCGAAGCCGGCCAACGGCAGCGCGUCCUCGACCCCCAGCCGAGGUGAGACGGACCUCGGCGGACACUCUUCGUACACUCCACCGAAGAGGAAUCCUGUGACAGGCGAUGGCGUGGCCGUGCCCCCGCCGCGCCGCCGCCACCCCGCCGCCAGCCUGCGAGAAGGCAACCCAAUCACCGGUGACGGCUACAAAUCGAUGAACGGCCAGAUCAACACGGUGACAUCAAUAAACGGCAACAGCCACAUGAUCCACCACAGCCGCGUGCCGCCCGGCGGCUACUCCUCCGGCCUCUGGUAGAGCACCCGGCGCCCACCUCCACCGCCCGCGGCGAACGACCAGCCCCAGUCGCCGCCACACUAUCGGCAUGCGCUCUCACCACGUACUAUCAAGCCGAUGCUUCAUGUGAACUCACCAGCCGAAGUAAAACAAACAUCGCUAUAAUUACAACGCGCGAGGUUUCCUUUACUUUGCGCCGGAAGCCGAUGGCCCCAGUCGACUUCCCUGGCGAACGCCUCACAUUAAGCAGCGGCUUCAUAGUAUUCACUCGGUCGUUAUCAAAAUGCAUUUAUUUCACUUUCCUAUUAUUUUGUUAAUCAACUAAAUUUGGGUAGUAUUGGCAAAUCUUAGUAAUGCCAUUUGUGCACUCGUAAAUUGCAACGUCCAUUAUGAAUUGAAAGAGUAUAUGUUGUUAAUGAAAUCCUUAGCCUAUCCCAGUAACAGUUUCAUUCAAAUAAUUUAGAAUAGAUUAUAGAUAUUUUUGUAAUAGUAAUAUUCGAUAGUUACUUAUUGUAAAGUUAAUAGAUACGCGUGCGGAACUCGGCAAUCAUAAUCUGUAAACUGUACAAUCUCGCGAUCAUAAAUAACCAAGACAGUUUCGCUUAUGAUUUCAAAGUUGUGCAUACAAUUAUCUUAAGAACUUAUAAAAUUGUACUCUUUCACACUUGUACGAAUAUAAUAUUAACCCAUUGAUAUUGUGAAUUUAGGAGUGAGGAAACGUAUCAGCAAUAUACCAAAACGAAUAGUGCCUUGAUCGAUGAUGAGGAAAUUCUCUAAGAAUUGAUGUACAUUGUGUAGGCGUGAACAUUAUGAUUAUAUAUCUAUAUUUCGCGGUAUAGAAAUAGUAAUCAUGCGGCACUCGAGCUAACUGCUACAAGUAAAUUAACCUUAUCUUUAAUAUUCGACACUGCAUAGGGGUCAUUAAUCUCAUUUGUUGAAUUUCAUUAUCUUAAUAUUUAAAUAGAGGGAUUUAUAAAAUGCAUUUAUUUAAAACUUUUUAUACGAGUUUAUUUUAUUUUUUAGUUUAUUUUCUACUCGUUUAGAAGUAAUGUAAUGAUGGACUUGAAAUUUUUGGUAGAUUAUCUGUUAACAGCAAGGGAUGAUGAAGUAUGUAUGAAGAGUGAUGUUUCUAUGCGUAGCUGUAACAAUCUGGUAGACUUAGCGUAGGCAUAUCAUCUUUGUAAAAACCUUUUAAUAUUAUCUAACAUGGAAUCGCAUAAUCACUGGCCUAAUUGUAACAAAAUGUUAAUAGAUAAUAACCAUUAUUUCAAAUAAAGUUUUUUAUUAAUA